AUUCAAUACUUAAAGUAUAUCACUUCAAAAUGAAGUAUCUACUUAUAUUUUUAAUUGGUGCAAUUGGCUUUAAGAAUGGUAUAACUUUAAAAGUUACUGGUCUUGAAUUUAAAGAUAGGGUACCGGAAGGUGCUGACGUCGAAUUAAAUUGCAUUUAUAAUCUGGAAACUGAUACUCUAUAUAAAGUAACUUGGUACAAGGGGCAACAGGAAUUUUUAAGAUACACAGAACAUGAGACACCAAAUAUUUCACAAUUUCCACUUUUUAAAAAAACUAAAGUAGUAAGCAAUUCACCUCAGAAAGUAACACUUAAAAAUGUUACGACGGAGGUAACAGGAAAUUACACAUGUCAAGUAGAUACUGAGGGACCAACAUUGAGGUCUGAAAGGGUGACUAAAACUUUACUCGUUGUAACAGCUCCAGGUGGCAAUGAAGUUAAGAAUAAAGAUUCUGUUAAUAAUCCAAGCGGUCGUAAUGUUGAUACUCAGAUAAAAUUGGUUGUGCCACCUAUAGUUAAUAAAUCUGAUACGAUAAAAAUUUCUUGUUCCUACGAUCCGGCACAUCCUAAUAAAAAAUCUCAUCAGUCUGUUGUACUUUAUAGAAACAACGAAGAAUUUUACAAAUUUGAAGCCAAUAAGGGUUUUGAUUUAACACUUCACUCGAUGCCUGGUGUAACGGCUUCAGUGCAUCAAACUGAUAAUAUUACAGAAGUAACUUUGCGAAAUGCAACUGCAAAAACUGAGGGAGAAUAUUCAUGUGGGCUCUCCUCAAACACCAUAUCAAAACCUAAAUACCUGUUAGUUAGAGAACAAUCAUCUUUACCAGUGCAGAUUUCCAUGCCAAAAAUUAUUAGAAAAGACCAAACCGUACAACUUAAAUGUUCGUUCAAUUUUAAUCAAAAUGAUUUGAAAAGCGUAACUUGGUUCAAAGGAAACAGGAAAAUUUACGAAUAUCAUCCCAAUGAGAAAAGUCAAAUAACCCAAAUUGAUGGAAUCGGACACAUAGUGGAUAUCACCAGUGAGGAAUACAAAGGAUUCUUAUCGGCGAUUCAAAUAAAAAAUGUCACUUCAAAUACAUCUGGUAGAUACAUAUGCGAGGUUAAAACCGAGAAUCGGCAAACUUACAGAGAUUCCUCAUCUAUGUCGUUACUCCAUUUGCCAAAUGGAGAACCCACCAUGUUCAUAGAAAGCGAUUAUCUGAGAAAUGGCGAUUUUAUAAAAGCUGAAUGUGCUUCAGGUCCAUCCUAUCCCUUAGCGACAAUCACUUGGUAUAUCGACGGUGUUAAGGCUCAUAGUUCUCAAAUGUCAACCAGCCGAGGUAACAUUAACUUUCCUUAUCCCGCGACGUCCACUAUACAUGAGAGGGUACAUUUCAAAGAAGGAGUAAAUAGUGUUAGAGUCUCUUGCGAAGUGGCAAUCGGCCACUGGUAUAAAAAAGAAAAAACUGCAACUAUAGAAAGGAAUCAUCAAGAAGUUGAUCCAAGUGAUACUUAUACAAAUCCUUAUGAGUAUCCCAUAAAUAAUGCAUACUAUGCAGGAGCAGAAAAUAACGGGGCUAAAGUAUCAUUCUUUGCGAUAACAGUUGGAUUGUUAUCUCUUAUUGCGAUGGUUUAGUUAUCAUUUGUAUUUCGCUAAUAUUUGAAAAUAAAGUUUAAAUCUUAUUAAAAAC